AAUGAAAGCUUAAAAGGCGGUGCUGUUUUGGUAUGACAAUCAGUUGGAUGUGCUCUCUUGAAAUACUAAUAUGCAACACUUAAAUACUGAUCGCAAUGCUACCCCAGAUGAAUUGGAAUACGAUGAGAUCUUGGAGAAAAUUGGAUAUGGCAAGACUCAGUGGAUACUGCUGAUUGUAAGUGGCCUUCUGACAAUUACUUCAGUGGCUGCUCAAACGUCUAUGGGGAUUGUGGUGCUCGCCUCCCACUGCGAGUUCCAUACAACGCAGUCCGAGAAGGGGGUCAUGAUGGCGGCAUGUGUGGCGGGUAUCUUUCUGUCAAAUUACAUAUGGGGAUACGUCAGCGAUGCUAUAGGUCGCCGUUCGGUUCUCCUCUAUGGCAUCUUUAUAUGCAAUGGCCUUCAGUUCAUUCUCAUGUUUGUUUCAAGCGUUUGGCUGUUUAACAUUAUCAAUUUGAUCUGUGGCAUCAGUCUCGGCGGUGUCUCAGGCGGACUUUAUCCAUAUUUGAGUGAAUUUAACAUACCUCGUCACCGAGCGGUGACGAUCAAUUAUUCAACCAUGUUUGUCAGUUUAACUGCAAUUUAUGUCCCAGCGACGGCUUGGUUAAUCUUAUCUUCAGACUGGUCCAUCAAUUUGCUUGGUGACUUUGUUUUCCGGCCAUGGCGUUUAAUAAUGCUAUGUAAUCUGUUACCCGGUCUUAUUGGAGGCCUAAUACUCAUCAUUUAUCCCGAAAGUCCAAAAAUUUUGCUCUCACUAAAUAAGGACAGAGAGGCAUUGGAUGCCGUUGAUUGGAUUAGUAAAUUUAAUCGAGGGCUGACAAUAAAUCAGGUGUUAAAUCGAAAUGAAUUUACUCUGAAACCAGAGAUUCAAAGUGAUGAAAAUAUAUUGGCGAAUCAUAGAGGCUGUAAUAUAUUGAUAAAUAUCGCUCGGGCUACACGUCCCUUGUUUCAAAAACCUCAUGGAUUCAAUUUUAUAUUAUGCAACGUGGCUGUGAUUGGCUUGUUUUUUAGCUCAAAUGGAAUGCAGUUUUGGUUUCCAGAAAUUGUUAACCGUACAUCUAGCACAGGAUCUAACACUUCUUCAACUGUUUGCGAAAUAUUGGAUAAUUCUUUCAUGCAACCAGUAAAUAAUGCAUCAAUGACAGACUCAGUGGUGUGCAUUAAUCCAAUAUCAACGAAGACCUACAUCGACAAUAUGAUAGUUGGAGUUGCGUUCUUGAUAGGCUUCUCAGUACAAGGCCUUCUACUUAACCCCUUCGGGCGGAAAAACGUUCUCAUGGGCGCAAUAUUUUUUUCAAUUUUGAGUGGAAUUUUACUACACAUUGUGUCAAAUACGACAGCAGUCCUAGCUCUAUUCUGUCUUUACAUUCUAUUACCAGGAUUAUCAAUCUCUAUAAUGCUGGGUGCAAUUGUCGAUUUGGUGCCAACACAUUUAAGAGGAAAAGCUGUCAGUCUGUCCAUGUCUUUGGGACGCCUAGGCAUUAUUGCUGCAACCAAUCUAAUUGGCAUAAUGUUGGAACCAUACUGCAAUACAACUUUUGCUCUGUUAACAUUUAUUCUAAUUGUUUGUAUUAUCACUGUUUUUCGGUUGCCAAUCAAGAAUUCUGAAUAGAAAACAUACUAUUGCGAACUCACAUAUACGAUAUAAAUAAAAUUGUUAUCUAAAAUCUUAAAA